AUGAGACAAUCUGCAAUCCUGCGAAUUGUAAGUCUCGCCAUAUUCAGUACAAAGUGCAUCAUUAAGCUUGCAUCAGCACCACUUGACCGCGCCAAAUCUCUGGUCGCUUUGUAUACGCUCGAAGAGAAGAUCAAUGCCACGUCGAGUGACUCACGUGGAGUCGAGCGUCUAGGUAUCCCGCCCUAUCAAUGGUGGAAUGAGGGUCUGCACGGCAUCGCAGGGCCUGGCACAAACUUCAGCGACUCAGGCGAAUACAGCUACUCCACUUCGUUUCCUCAGCCCAUUCUUAUGGGCGCUGCAUUCGAUGACGCUCUCAUCACCGAGGUCGCCAAAGUCAUCUCCACUGAAGCAAGAGCGUUCAAUAAUGCGAAUCGGACUGGGUUGGACUUCUGGACUCCUAACAUCAAUCCGUUUAGAGAUCCCCGUUGGGGGCGUGGCCAAGAAACGCCUGGAGAAGACGCUUAUCACCUUUCUUCGUACGUCAAAGCUCUGAUCCUUGGCCUUCAAGGAGAUGCGACAGACCCGUACAAGCGUGUUGUAGCUACAUGCAAGCAUUUCGCUGGGUAUGACAUCGAGGACUGGAACGGGAAUUUAAGAUACCAGAACGAUGUAAAGAUCUCGCAGCAAGAGCUUGUGGAGUAUUAUCUAGCUCCCUUUCAAGCUUGUGUUGAGGCAAAUGUCGGCGCUUUUAUGUGCUCUUACAAUGCGCUCAAUGGUGUACCUACGUGUGCCGACCCCUACCUUCUCCAGACCAUUCUACGUGAGCAUUGGGGAUGGACCAAUGAAGAGCAAUGGGUCACUUCGGACUGCGACUCAAUUCAGAAUAUCUAUCUUCCGCACGCUUGGUCUGACACACGUGAACAGGCCGCAGCGGACUCGCUCAUUGCCGGCACCGAUCUCGACUGUGGCGUGUACAUGCAAAACCAUCUGCCUAAAGCUUUUGCUCGGGACCUGGUCAACGAGACUACUCUGGACCGAGCAUUGGUUCGACAGUAUUCUUCUCUUAUCCGUCUAGGCUGGUUUGACUCAGCCGACAACCAGCCGUACAGGCGACUUGGCUGGGAUGCGGUUGCAACUGAUGCCUCGCAACAGUUGGCAAGAAGGGCCGCUGCGGAAGGUAUCGUGUUGUUGAAGAAUGAUGGUGUACUGCCUUUGUCGCUCGAGUCAACGAACUCAGUGGGACUCUUCGGUGAUUGGGCAAAUGCUACAACACAACUACUCGGUAACUAUGCUGGUGAACCAACUUAUUUGCAUGGCCCGCUGUACGCACUACAAGCAGCAAAUAUUUCUGUCAAUUAUGCAGGUGGUAAUCCUGGAGGUCAAGGUGACCCUACUACGAACAGAUGGCUCGAGCUCGAGCCUGCAAUGCAUGCGAGCGACAUUCUCAUCUACGUUGGAGGUAUCAGCAACAGCGAUGAGGAGGAAGCUCAUGAUCGUACCUCACUGCAAUGGACCGGUGCGCAGCUCGAUGUCAUUGGACAGCUGGCAGAUACUGGCAAGCCUGUCAUUGUUGUGGCAAUGGGCGGAGGUCAGAUCGAUUCCUCGCCUAUCGCUAACAAUCCUGGAAUCUCAGCUUUAUUGUGGGCUGGCUACCCGGGCCAAGAUGGUGGUUCUGCGAUUGUCGAUAUCCUGACCGGCAAGGCUGCCCCGGCUGGUCGUCUUCCACAGACGCAGUACCCAUCUUCUUACAUCAACGAGGUUCCUAUGACUGAUAUGAGCCUCCGACCAGGCGAUAACAAUCCAGGUCGCACAUACAAGUGGUACAGCAAUACUCCGGUCUACGAGUUUGGCUCUGGUCUGCAUUACACCAAUUUCUCCGCCAGUAUCAGAUCCCAACUAAACAGGAGCUACGAUAUCGCAGACCUGCUCUCAGCAUGCCCGCACAUCAACUCGACCAAUCUGAAUCAUUGCAUGUUCGCAUCUGUGGCAGUGGACAUCACCAACACUGGCAACACAGCAUCUGAUUACGUCACCCUGGGUUACAUCGCUGGCAAGUUCGGGCCCUCGCCUCAGCCCAAGAAGUCCCUUGUCUCCUACCAACGCUUGUUCAACAUUACCGGUGGAGCGUCAGAGACAGCAAAGUUGAACCUUACGCUUGCUAGCCUAGCAAGGGUUGAUGAGCUAGGCAACAAGAUUUUAUACCCAGGAGACUACAGUUUCUUGAUCGACAAUGGACCAUUGGCUCUUGCCAACUUCACUUUGACAGGUGAACAGAGGAUUGUGGACGUUUGGCCACAGCCACCAGCCAACAGGACUGGUAAAGGAGUGAGUGGAUUUGAAAACUAUUUUGUCGCGGGCUACGGAAGUGAACAACAGGAGCUCUGA